AUGGGCUCACGAAGGCCAUCUUUUGGAUUAGAGAAAGACUGUAAUGACGGUGUGCGUUCUACAAUGGAUUCAGACAGUUCGUUAGAUGGAGAAUUUGAAACCAAGCAUGAAAUUGCCGUUAAGCUAAGAAGAAAUUCAGAUGAUAGGGUUCCUCAGAAUGAAGAAUUUGAAAGUGACGAUGGUUCUGAACAUUCUUCUGCAGAAUCCAGUCAGAUUCAGUCUCCUCCACCAGAAGAAAGAGGGGAACUAUCGCCACAGUCUAAUGAUGGUGAAUUAUCUGAUAGUACAAAUGACGAUGCACAGAGUGUGUCAUCUGAUUAUUCUAAAAGAUCUGAUGCAGAUGAAACUGUUGCUGCCCCCUCUGUUGAUGUUGAUGUUGAUGCUGAAGCUACUGCUGUUGCUAAUGAAGAGGAGGAGGAGGAGGAUGAUGAUGAUGAUGAUGAUGACGUUGAUGAUGAUGCCAAUGCCAAUGUUGAUGCCAGUACUGAAAUUGAUACUUAUGAUGAUGGCGAUGGUGAUGGUGAUGCUGAUUCUGCUGAUGCUACUCCUAAUACCCAGGAAGAAAACACUGAAGAUGUUAAUGAUGUUCCUUGCAGUAAAGAGAGUAGCUGUCCUCCAGAUGCAGUGGAAGAAAGAUUGCCAGCCCCAUCGGUGAGAAAGGAUGAAAUAACUGGUCAUGGUGAAGAUUUGUCAGAUGUGUCCGAUUUAGAUAGUAAUGAUGGGCAGGGUAGUUUAGAUGCUGUUUCUGAUGAUGAGAGAACUAAAGAAGAUCAAAGUGAUUCAGUUCAUAAACUUGGUAAGAGGAAAGAAAGUGAACCUGUUGAAGAAAUGGAGCAGUUAGAUUUUGAAGCAGAAGAGCAGCAAGAUAAAGAAGAAAAAGAAGAGGGUGAAUGUGAAGGAAAGGAUGAAAAGAGUGAUGAUGAUGGUGAACUGAAAGGAGAUGAGUUGGAGGAAGGAGAAUUGACUGAUGAAGAUGAAAAUAGGCCAGAGGAAACUGAACCUCGCCCUGUGUGCCGGUUCUAUAAUAGGGGCCAGUGUACAUGGGGAUCAAGUUGUAGAUUUGUUCAUCCAGGUGUUACUGAUAAAGGGAACUAUACCAUGUUUGAUAUGGUGAGACCUCUUGUUCCUGUCAAUGGGCCACCUGUAUAUCCACCUAUGGAUUAUCGAGUACCAUAUGAAAAGCCAGCUGCGGUUGGAAUGCAAUAUCAAGCUCCAAGAAAGGAAGAACCUGUUGUGUUUGAAUCUGCCUGGGAACGCGGUCUUCGACAAGCAAAAGAAAUGAUGCGAAAAUCAAGUAAGAGAAAAGAAACUGAUAUGGAUUUUGAAGAGAAAAAGAUGAAUCUCAGUCUUGGGCAAGAGGAACUAGACAAAGAAAAUGACUAUUAUACAAGACCAGCCAGUCCUGUGUACAAAGAAGAUGAGAGAUGGGGAAUGAAAAUAGAUUCUGAUCGUUAUAGAGAAGAAUCAGUUGCUUUGGAACAUUAUGAUGACUUGCCAGAGUCUCCUUACUACCAUCAUUCCCGAGGAAGUGGAAGUGACUAUUGGAGGCGUGUCCACUAUGAACCAGGAGAUUCUAGAGCCCUGAGGGUAGAAGCAGAGUACAGUAGCCGUGACAGAAGUACAAAUAAAUAUCACUCACAGCAUCAACAUAGACAGCCUCCUCAAGAAUUUUAUGACAAAUAUGAAAAAAAAUCCAGCCGUCAAAAAUCUCAUCCAACAAGAGAAGUUAUAGUGGAACGAAUUGAGAAACCUUGGAGAGAUGAGAGAUAUAAUGAAGUUGCUCUUCCAAAUCGUCGUGGGGAUGAAUGGGCCGAUCCUUGGAUGCGCUCGAAGUCCCCUGUUGGGAGGAAAAGUGGAAGUCGCCCAUCUCGUCAUCAGUCUUACUCAUCUGGUUCAUCCUACUCAUCAUCAAGUAGAAGUUCAAGCCAGUCAAGCUACAGUUCAUACAGUCAUGGUUCCCGCUCUAGGUCACAAUCUAAAUCCCGUUCCAUGUCCCGCUCAGUAUCACGUUCCAGUUCUCGAACUCCCUUAUCCCAUGCUCGUAGGAAGCCUAAUAGACCCCUUGUUCCCACUGCAAGAGCUGCGGAGUCAAGUCCACCCCAGAUGCUGUCCAUGUCACCACGAAAGUCAUCGAAGCAGCUAGGUGAACCCAGAGGAUUUGGCAAAAAUAAGCCACUGACUUCAAGUUUGAUUCAGUCAGAGAAAAAGGCUGCAAGUGAACGUGCAUUGCUUAUGAAUCCACCUGCUCCAUCGCCAAGAAAACAGAAAGAAAUUAGGCCUCCUUCGCCAGCGAUGAUGAGGAAGUCUGCACAAAAUCCACCACCGCCACCACCACCGCCACCACCUCCUCCACCACCCCCGACAUCAUCCAGAAGGUCAAAAUCUUCCCGGUCUUCAUCUGGAUCUGAUUCAAGUGGAUCCAGUAGUGAUUCAUCAGAGUCCAGUUGUUCUUCCUCUUCUAGUAGCAGAGAACCAUCUCCUAAAGUAUGUCCACCAAAGAGAUCUAUGAUGGAUGAGAGAGGAAGACUGGCCCUGGCAGCUGAAUCUUUGAAAGUAAAAGCAAUGGAUGCCUUGAAGCUUUCAGGGCAGAAACAACAAAUAAAAUUGACAUUGAAAAAUACAGGUGCCAAUUCUCAGAACAAAACAAAAACUUCCACUGGGCUACCCGAAUUACCAGAGCUGAAUUUUGUGCGUCGCGAACGUGCUAUUCCUACGCUGGUUGGCAAGAAGAGACCAGCUGACAGCCCCCUGUCCAAUGACACUACAAUUGUGGCCAAGAUGGCUGCUCUAACGAAACCAACCCAAAAGAAGGCCACCUCAAGAAGGGAAGAAUUAUUGAAGCAAUUAAAAGCUGUUGAAGAUGCAAUUGCUCGUAAAAGAUCUAAAAUCUGAUGGUAUUUCCAGCAAAUCAUAGUCAUUGUAUUGAUUGUGAAGCCGGAUUGUCCUUCCUCUUUGUAAGAUCUUGCACAUCAAAGAAUAGGCAAUUAUGAAACAUUAGCCACUUAAACCAUUCUUCACCCGGUAUUUCUUUAAUGACAAUAAGUUUUGUAUUGAGCUAAUGUACCCAAGAUAUGAUCAUUGUAAUACUCUCUUAAGUACAGUGAAGUGUGUCUGUACUAAACAUGACCAUGAUUUCAUCAUGCCAAUUAAUAAAUAAUUACCACACGUAACUUAAAAAUGUGUUCAUUCCAGAAAGCAAACAUUUGUUUGUCCAGACAAAACAGAAGAAUUCAAAAUAAAUGAUUUACAAUGAAAACUGCUCUGUGUUUCCUGAUAUCAGACCAGUCAGUGCAUUUCUAAAGUAAUUUAAUAACAUGCAUGAUUGUGCAUGAAAUCAGUGUGCCUGAAAUUUUGUCUUCCUAAUCACAGUUUGAAUGUUUUGAGGAAUUUUGGUCGAAUUUUGAAGGAUUAGUAUUGAAUUUUGUGGGGGUUAUCGUUUACUUUGAAAUUGUAGCAACGUCUUGUGAUAACAUCUUGUAUGACGUCUUUUGUCACAAAUUCAUCAGUAUGUGUUUAAAUACUUUUUGCAAGUUGAGAAAUUUGUUUUUCACUAAAAGCAUGCUUUGUAUUUCUCAAAUGAAAUUGCAAAAUGCUUUAAAUUCUUAGUUAUAAUGUAUAGCUCCAUUUCAUGGAAAAUCUGUUUGGUUAGUGAUUAUGCCUGUCAGUACACGAACUACUUUGCUAUGUAUUUAUACUGAAUGGCCUUUAAGCCAUGAUUGGUUAAUUUUGAAGGGAAUAAUCAAAGUAUAUCUAAUGAUGGUUGGGAAAAUUUUUGUGUUAAGAUAAUUAAUGUCACAGUUACCUUGUUUGCAGGAUUUGUGUAAAUGGUCUUUAAGUAGAUUCAGCGAUAUGCUUAAACGUUUGUCUGUCAUAGAUUCAGAAGUAGAUGAACUUUAGAUUGGUACUUUCUUAAUAAAAUUCAUUUGAAAAUAGAUAUUGUUAAAUCCAUCUCCAUGAUCAUGGACACUUCUGGGAUUAUUUAAGCGAAUGAAAAUGGUUUACAUGUUAUUAAAUUCUUCAAUUUAUGACUGAAAGCAUUGGUAUAUGAGGAAGAGAAUACAGAGGAAAAUAUUCCUAGGUUAAUGAAAUGAAAUUGACAUUUCAAACAACAAAGGUUCAUGUCUCAAAUGUAAUUGUUUGGUGAAUAAAACAACUGAUGUAUCUGUGCAUGAAAUCUUUAAUUGAAGAGGACAAAUGAGAUGCAUUUUAAAAAAUAUUUUAGAAAUAACCGCAUCAGUACAAUGAUGAGGAAAUUGAUGUGUUCAAGAAUUGAUAAUGAGUUGCUUUUGAAGUAUAAAAGUUUUCAGUACUGGUUGAAAAAGGUUCAGUGAGUGAUUUUCUACCUUGAGCUCACUUGAUCAUCCUGUUUAAAGCAAUAUAACUUAAGCUGUUGAUGCAUUCUAUAGAAACCAACGUUUUAUUGAAUGCAUAAAUUAUUCAAUAAAUUGUGUACAAUUGGUAUGUCUAUGUGCAUACUUAGAACUCUUGCAAAUGUAAAUUUUUUUAUAUAAUUGUUAUUUUUACCUGUACUACAAAUAUCAAUAAUGAAAUCAAUGUUAUUUGAAUUUUAAUUGUGUUUAAUACAUGUUACUAUUUUGUGUUUUUAUGGAGAAAUUUCCAUAUAAAAAAAAAUCUCUUCAUUUUAUUUAUUUGAUUCUUGCUAUCAUUAUUUUUCAUCUGCAGGAAUUUUAUAUUCAAAUUAAUGCAGAAGUAAGGUGAAGAAAAUUUAAGAGAAAGGUAAAGAAAGUUUUUCAAAAAUGCACAGGAAGUGGCAGAAUUGUGCAGGUGAGAAAGAGAAAGUUCAGUGAAACAAAAAUUGGAAGUGAACCGGGUGAAGAACAGGUAAACAUGUAAAAUAUCUGUGAAGCAAUGAAAGAUGAAAUACUUAUUCCUUGUAAAUAAUCUUAAUAUUUUACUGUGGUUACCAUUCCUACGUUUUGGGAGUUGUACCGAAUUGUAAUGUAUGUAUUGUAAAGUAACAGGUUUUCUGAUCUCUUAAUGAUAAAUUCCAGAAGACAUAUGUGAGUGCGUGCAAGCAUGGGUGUGUGUAUGUUCAUUGCAAAUAGCAUAUUUAUAUUCAGAUUAUUUUAACAUCUUUCAUCAUAUUUCUGCAGCCAAUUACCUAUGUAGCGGCAAUACUGACUGGGUGCAACUAGUAUUUUCAUAGUUGUUUUUUAAAAGCUUCUCUCGUUACUGUGAGUCAUCUUGAAUAAGUUCUAUGCAUUUGUGAAUGAAAGUGGUACUAGCUUUUUCAAAUAUUCAACAUUGUGUGCGAUAGUUGUUUCUUAGAUGUGCAAGCUUCCUUUGGGGAAUGUUGACUUCAAUUUUUAUGUAAUAGUUUUUGUUGUAUAGUAGACAUUUUUUAUAAGAUAUAACCUGUGCUCUGGUUUGAAGAAAUUGGACUAUUUGAAACUUUUUUGGUAUUGCUUGGAAAGACUUAGGAGAGUCUGUCGGAAGAAUUUUGUGUUAUUUAAUUUAUUGCAUUUAUUUAAACUAGUGCAGUAAUUGUAUUUUUCAUGUGAAAUUAUUUUGUUUGUCUCCUUGCCUCAAAACUUGCUAAACCAAGAAUUUGAGUGUGUCAGCCUUUAAAACCAGUGAAUGAUAAAAAUACCAAGAAAAGUAGCAGUGAUUGGAAAAACGAAUAUGUGAUUUAAGGGAGAUUUUUUGAUAUCUAAUUUCAUAUACAUCAUUGGAACAUAUUGAAGAUGAAUGACACCUACAUAUUAUGAAUGUAAUGUUAUAAUAUUUGUUCAGUGAUAUUGCAUGAGUAUCUGCUUUCAAGGGCUGUUGCUCAGCACAGAAUGAAGCAGAGAUGUGCACUUUGGUGCAAUUUCAGUAUUAAUAUGAAUACAUAUAAAACUUGAUGACAUUAGUUGAGCAGCAGAUUAGUUUAUAUGAGAGAUUUUAUUUGUGGAACAGGCUAUUUUGUUUACGUAAGUGAGUUUAGGCAUGGAUUUGGCAGAAUACAGCAGGGCAGUGAUCCUCUGUCACAAAAUGCCAAGUAUUAAAAUAAUGAGAGAAUCGUGUAUGUGUGAAGUGAAAAAUAGCACAGUCAAAAUUUUACAUCACUAAGGCAAUAGUGGGAAAUGUGUGCUUAUGUUUUAUUGUGGAAAUCUGUCUAGUUAAGUGAUUUUGAAAUGUUAUGAAUAAAAAUUGAAGUAAUUGAAACUCAAUCUUUACACAGAAUGAAAAAAAUGGCUCAAAAUCACAGUAAUGAACUUUUCAAAUGUAUUGAACAGGUGUAUGUAGAUUGUUCGUAAAUGAAAGAGCUCUUAUCCUGGGGUCUCCUUUUCACAAUUGGUAACAGGCUGUAUUACAGAAAUUUCUUGAGGUCUACUCAUCACUGAUAAUUUCUUUAUGCUGCCAUGUCUUGUAAAUACGAAACAUUCUUAAGCAAAUGCUCAAUUUACUGGAGACUCUACCAUCUUAUUCUGGUAGUGUUGUUUUUUGCUCUUAAUUUCAUUUGAAAUGUGUAUCUUGAGGGCCCCUGCAAAUAAGGAUUACAUAGGAUAACACUAUCUUAUACAAAAUGGAGUGCUUUGAACAUUCCGUAUAAAACUGUUAAUCUACGACACAUAAACAUAACGCGUCUGAUAGUGAUUCAAUCAACACUCGAUAAAUCUGAUAUUUCAUACUCGCUUAAUUAUUUGGACAGUUUUUAAUACGUUUGAAUAACUUUUUAUUAUUAUAUGAAUAACUAACUAAUAAAGAAAGAAGUUCUUUGCUGGACAGCAUUGAAAAAGGAUUUUGAAGAAUUUUUUGUUUUUAAUGUUCAAUUCAGAAUGAGUAUCAUUUAUGAACAAGUUAAGUAAACAUAUUGUUCAAAUUAUUGCAACAAUGAAAUUUAAAUGUCAGAAAUUAAAAUAUUCCUAUGCCAUAAAAGUGAAUGUAAUUGGACCAAUUUACACAGCAAGCAGUACAACAUGACUUUUAAAUGUAGUUUUUUUCAUAGGGGAAUAUUCAACAAAUUGUUGAUUGUUUUUGGAGUUACUUAUUUUUCGUAUACAUUCACAUAAAUCUAUCACAUUGUUUUUUGCAUAUUUAUUUUAAAGAGUCGAGAUAAAUCAAUUAAUACAUAAUGAAAAGGUAGUUGCAUAGUCAUUUUAAAGUUCAUAUUUUUGUUUUGUCCACAUUUUCAUUUAAUCUAUUUUUCAUAUUACUUCCAAUUGUUGAUAAAGUUGCAUCAGAAACCAGUAACAGCACUUGCUAAUAAACCAAUUUGGAUCCCACUUUCUCAUUGUAAUACUUUGUAACUUAUCAAUGUAUGGAAUUAGUUCUGUGUCAGGAAGUUAAUCUUAAGCACCUCCAAGCCACUUCCUCUUCUAUCAUCCUCGAAUUUUCCAACACUACCAAAUUUGGCAAUUUGUGAUUUUUUUGUUGGAGGUUGUAUAAUGGUGAUUGUAUCUGUCAUAACACAGGUCAAAUUAAAAUUUGCCCUGGUAAUUUUGUGGAACAACUCUUGAGAAGAUAGUCAUUCAAAGUUUGAAUAAUAUGUAUUUGUUGCAGUCAUCAUAAGGGCUAUUAUUUAUUAAAAAAUAUUAGCGAUUAAUUCCUUAUUUGUUUUUAAUUUUUCUUUGAACCAAUUUCUGAAAUAACUGUUGAAUUUAUUGUUCAAUCAUGUAUGUGAAAGCACUAAAAGUUUCACCAACUAAUGAAUUUGGUGUCAUCAAGUGUCAACUACGUUCUAAUUUUAUUCGGAC